AUGGAAGUGUUACAAAACAUGAAUCGUAUGGAUAAGCGCAUUGAGGAUAUUCAAAACCUCAAAAAUAUUAUUAACAACAAAUUGAAUAAAAAUAUAAGUGAUGAUGUUGAUGGUUACAUGAAACAAUUAGUUCAUUUAUAUUUCAAAUCUCAGAAAUGUAAGGGCAAGAAUUUAGGUGGUAAGAAAGGCAAAGGCAAUUCAAAAUAUAGGUCUAUGUCUAGCAAGAGUGGAAAAAAAAUAAAUAUGAGUAAAGGAGUCAAGAAAAUGCAACAAUAUGAAAACAGUGACAACAACAAUACUAAUAAUAAUGAUAAUAAUAAUAAUAAUAAUAAUGAUAAUAAUAAUAAUAAUGAUAAUAUUAAUAAUAACAAUAAUAAUAACAAUAAUAAUAGCAAUAAUAACAAUAAUUAUAAUAAUAAUUCAAAACAAAGCUUCAGUCAAAAAAACAGCAACGAAAAUUAUGAUAACGGAUCAGGAAGUGAUGAUGAAGAAAAAAAAAAUAAUAACUCGAAUGAAGAAAAUGAAAACAACAAACAGAAAAAAAAGAAAAAGAAAAAAAAGGGAAAAAAAAACAAAAAUAAAAAGAAUAAAAACUCUGACAAAUCUGAAACAAAUGAUGAAGAGGAAGUGUCUGUAGAAAUGGAAGAAAAGGAUUACACAGUUGAAGAACAAAGUGAUAAACAAGAUGAUGAAAUAUUAUAUGAACAAGAAAAUGAUAAAAUAUAUGAAAAAGAAGAUAAAAAAUCAUAUGAAGAAAAAGAAGAUAAAAAAUCAUAUGAAGAAGAAGAUAAAAAAUUAUAUGAAGAAAAAGAUGAUAGUUUAUAUGAAGAAAAAGAUGAUAAUUUAUAUGAAGAAGAUAAAAAAUCAUAUGAAGAAAAAGAUGAUAAUUUAUAUGAAGAAGAUAAAAAAACAUAUGAACAAUCAAUUAACAACAAUGAGGAUGAACCAAAGACAUCCAAUUAUGUAAACACCGAAAAAUCUAUGGAUCAAGAAAAAUUGCUCGUAGAAGAGAAAGGAAAUUAUUUAGAACCUCUAAGCAUUGAGGAAGAAGAAAAUAAUUCAGAUGUUAUAGAUGAACGUAAAGAAAAGAAUAUGAAGAGUGCUAUAAAAUUUAUGAAAGAAUCUAAUUAUGAAGAUCCUCAUUUAAAUGCUUGUCUAUCAGAUAGUAAUAUAGAUGGUACGAAUAUAAAUCCAAAUGAAGAUGAAUUAAAAGUAAAAGAUAUAUUAAGUAACCCAUUUACAACAAGCAGUUACAAUGAAGAAAUUGAAAAAAUAUCAAAUAUUGAUAUGCACUCUAAUAAAAUUGACAAUAUUAGUAAUUGUAUUCAGAAAAAGAAGACACAAAUAAAUUUAAAUAAUGUCUUGAAAGAAUUAAAAUUCAAAAGUGCAAAUAAUAUAAAAUACCCAAGAAAUUAUAACAAUUAUAAUGAUGAUAUAACAGAAAGAAAUAUAAAUGAUGGUUCAGAUGAUUUAAAUACAUAUAAAAAAAAUAGUUCAACAAAUGAUGAGGAACCUGAUCAUUAUACAAGUUUUGUUAGACAUUAUGUAACAAAAGUUGGUAUAUAUAAUAAAAAUAAUAAUAAUAAUAAUAAUAAUAUGGAAAAAAAUAAAAUCAAUUUUAAUGCGCCAUCACAAUCCUUUGGCAUUAAUCAUCUUUAUAAUAUGAAUAAAAGUUCUUAUGAUAAUAAUUCUUUUGAAUAUAACAAAUCUUAUUCAUCAACAACAAACGAAGAACAAGAGAAAGAAAAAAGAGAAUAUGAAUUUAAUAAUUGUAUGAACUACACAAAUAUGAACUGUUCUAAUAUAACUCAAACAUAUUCAAAUAUGAUCAGAAAUUAUAAUGAAAUGGUAAAUGAUUCAAAUGUUAAUUGUAUGAAGCCAAACAUGAAUUGUAUGAAACCAAACAUGAAUUGUAUUAAACCAAAUGUUAGUUGCAUGAAACCAAAAUUAAAUUGUUUAUCAGAAUCAUUUAAUAAAAUAAAAAAAAUGAAUCUUUAUAAUUCGGCUUACUAUCCUCAUUGUACUUAUAGCAAUCCAUUAAAAUCUAUGAAACAAUUAUCUUGCAAAAAUCCUAAGGAUUAUAUAAAUGAAUAUAAUUGCACUAAAAAUGACACAUCUAUAAUUCCAGACAUUUCUUGUUUGAAUACAGUUGAUAUUAUGAAAAAACAUAUAAAUAUGGAUAAUAUAAAAAAACAUGUAAACUUUGAAAAUGUAAAAAAACAUGUGAAUUUAGAAAAUAUAAAAACUAAAAUUAACUUUGAAAGUGUUAAAGAACGUGUACAUAUAAAAAAUGUAACAGAUCAUAUUAAUAUAGAAAGUAUUUCAAAAAAUGUUGAAUGUUUUGAUAAUAAUUAUUAUGAUUUAUUUGAAGAAGCAUAUAAAAAUUAUAUUAACAAAUAUGUAAAUAAUGUUAAGAAAAGCAUUCAAGAAAAAAAAGAAUAUUAUACAAAAAAUGUUAAUUGUAAUUAUGAUUUAAUAAAUAAAAAUCUCAUUCAAGCUGCAGCAAAUAAUAUUCAUAAUUUAAAUAAUAUCUAUUUAAAAAAUAAAUCUAAAUUACAAGCAUUAAAUAACAAAAAAUAUAUUGCAUUUAAUCAUAAUAAAUAUGUUCGAUACUUAAAUUCAUGUUAUCAAAAAAAAAUUAAUUCAGUUAAAAAAAGAAUUGAAUUAAAUAAAAAAUUCCUUAAUAAUUAUUUCCAUGCAUGUUAUAUUGAUUGUUCAGAUAAUACAAUCUUAUCUAAUGAUAUAUCUAAACUAUCUUCCUAUUUAGAAUAUCAAAAUUCAAAUGAACAAUAUAAACACAAGCAAUCAUCUAUGACAAAUUCAGUUAGUUCAAAAUUUAAUAUAAACAACAACAAUUCUUCUUCACAUGAUUUAUUAAAUAGAAAAAAACAACAAAAAAAUGCUAGUAAUGAUUCACAAAAAAUUAACAACAAUUUAUCUUCUUUUAAUUCAAACAAUGAAUUUAAUAGUAGCUCCGAAAUAGAUAUUUCUUGUUUUAAUAAUGAUGUAAAAACAUUUAAAUAUUUAAAGGGUGUUUUUGAAGAUUCAGGAGGAGCAGAAAAUGAAAUAAUUUAUGAUGAAGACAAAAAUAUGUAUUUUGAUUUAAAUGAUAAUGCAUAUAUUAAUGUUAAAGGUAAUCUAUAUUUUAAUACAAAAGAUAAAUUGUUUUAUGAUAUAGAAUAUAUUAAAGAUAUCUCAUAUGAUAAUGUCAAAAAUAAUUUAUUCCAAUUUGCAAAUUAUCUUAUUACACAAAAAUAUGCACCAUGCAAAAUUAUUAUGAACAUGUGUUCUCAUAUAAAUCAAUUUAUGUAUAAUUUAUUGGGAGUCGCUAAAUAUGAUAUAUAUUACAAACAUAAGGAUAACCUCGUAGAAAUUAUAAUUAAAUGA